AAACCUGAUGUAGAUAAUUGUGAUGUAUUGCGGAGUUGAAGCAGUAGAUAUGCUCUGACAUCACAGCUUCAUAAUAAACGCUGCAAAUUAAAAUGAAGUAAAUUAACUAUUGCUUGUAGACAGUCGCGAGGCUGAAGGGAACCCGGGUCAGGUAGGGUGCAUGAAAUCAAUUAAGCAAUCUGUGAUUGAUGGUCCACAUGACAGUCUUUAUCCAGGCUGUGCCAUCAUCAUCACCAUUACGCAUGUCCGUGGCCGUGCCUCUGCAUCAAUGAUGGCAGAGAGAGAGAGCCUCUCGGAUGCGAUCGGAGAGAGAUGAUGUGUCAGUCCUUGAACCUCAAACAUCCCACAGCAGCCUGACAGCCUGCGGGGGGGAUCUGGAUCCUGCUGCACGUCCUGCUGUCUGAUGAGCAUCUUGCAUCUCCAUCCUCUCAGGAGUCACUUUCGCCUCAAAGGCUAGUUUUGCCUCUUGAAAUGAAUGUCACAGAUUUGGUUGGUUAACAGUUUUAGACCGUUUCCCGCUCAUGUUUGGAGAUUAUUUUCCGAUAUCUUCUCUCCCUAGAGAAGUAGAAUAUCUGAUGCAUGUUUUCUCACCACAAGGAAUUCAGAGUGGAGUUCUCUCCACGAGCGUGUAGUAUGAUGCGAGCCUACUUAUCUGACAAAGCUGGAAACCGUGAUCUCCCACACAGGAAAUCGAACUUCAUCCUCUCUCCUACAGGAGAUUGUUGUUGGCAGAGAAGAAAAAUCUCCUCCGGCCAAGAGAUUUACGUGGGUUUACACGGCUCCAUCGAGAAUUGCACCGCCUUCAGACAUCCCUGAGGCAAACACGCCUCGCCCAACUUGAGUGCCACAUUGACAGACCAAAUCUGAACCAGGCCCUCCCACGUUGGAUGCUGACCAUCAGUGGGUCAGCUGGAGGGAAAUCCAUCCCAAGAGAGUGCCUCUCUGCCGACCCCUGCUGACCAUGCGGAGUGUGUGUGCGGUGGUCCUGGCGCUCGCCGCUGCCGCCCUCAGCUCGGCAGACUCUGACACGCACAGACUGAGACACGACUCCAACCUGGAUAUCUACAAGCGGCUGUUUGAGACAAAGAGGAAAGAUCAACUCAACGCGCUCAAAAACCUUGUGGAGCUCAACGACAUCAACCAGCAGUACAAGAUCAUAGACAUCAUGCUGAAAGGACUCUUCAAGGUGUUGGAGGACUCGAGACAAAUCCUGGUGGCGGCCAACAUGCAGCCUGAUGACCCUUUCCCAAUGGACGAUAAGAUCAAAGAAGCUUAUUCCCAUGUGGUGGAGAAUACAGCGUUUUUUGGCGACGUGGCGUUGCGUUUCCCCCGUAUUGUCCACCACUACUACGACCGGAACACAGACUGGGACGGUAUGCUGCGCUGGGGACUGAAUUUCUGUAACCAGACAGGAGUUUUCACAGGAGGAGCCCACCAACAUGUCCUCACACUUAUGUCACAGGAGCUGGGAAUAAUAGAGAAAACCCCAGACUUCAUAAACCCGUACCGCACAGAGAGAGACGAUGUGCUUCACACUGCCGAGGCUUUCCAGAAGAUCCUGAGGGAGGAGGAGAAGAGGAGGAGGAAAGAAGAGAAGAGGAAAGAAAUCAGGAAAGGUCCUCGCAUCUCCCGCUCCCGCACAGAGCUAUAGCGCUGCCCCUCAGUGCCUGCGGAGAGCAGAGAAGAGGAGGAAGAACAGUCCACAAGUGGUGGCUUGACUUGUAGACUCCGGUGACAGGGGAGGAAUUAAAAGCUGUCAUCACUUGUACAAAAGCCAGGUGCUCUGUUGAAAACAAGAGGAACCCUCAAGGUGACUCCAAAAAAGUGAAGUGGCAGUGGUUAGUCAGUUUCUGACAAAGGCUUGAACAGCAGUUCAUGUACAGCGGUGUGUAAUUGGAAAAUUGACUGUAAAUGCAUCUCUGGAAUAAGAGUUGAUAAGGGAAACUCAUUUUUGAUAACUUGAGGAUUACAUAACUGUACUUUGGAAUAUAAUUAAUUUUAGUAUAAUCUUUAAGUAAACCCCGCUGUGUUGUGUCUGGUCUAGAUUUAAUGUGUCUGAAUCCAAUAUGCUUCAAAAUACGUGUGUUUGCCAAAUAUAAAAUUUGUUCUCUCAUUAAAUUUGGCUCAUUGCUGGUUUAAGUUAAGCUUGAAUUGAUGAUGGAAUACUGUUUUUAAUUUUUGUUAAAUGUUUUCCUUCAACUGAGAUGUGUUAGAUAGUUCUAGAGAUAUGUUUAUGAGUAGGCAUAUUUAUGUUCUUAUUGUUGCUCAAACUUUAAAGGACACAUCUGGUGUUCUAUUCGCCUGAAGGACAGUAUUCUUUAAUUUGUUUAUCAUUUUGUGUCUUUUUUGAAUAUAGUUAUUUUAUCACCAUCAGUGAUUUUUUUCCUUUUUACAUAUUUGCCAUUGUUUUUUACAGCAAUCUCUUGUUUCAGCUUAAUGCCCUUUUAGUUAAUAAGAAUUAUAAUUAUUUUAUCCUGUUGGAAAUAUCUGUCAACCAGAAAGCCAGUAUAUGAAACUCAUCCUGCAGCCCUGCUCCUAAUUUUAUUUUUAGUCUUUUUCUAUUUAUCUUAGCUGGAAAUUGACAUAUUUUAAUGUUUUAGAUCAAUGGAAUUGAGAUUGAUGUAAUUUUGAAAUAGUAUUAUGACUGUUAUACAACUAUAUGUAUAUUCAGAGAAAGAAUAUCAUUGCUGCAGAAUGAACAAGCCAUUUUGUUAUCAAAUUUAAUUAAAUAAAGUGACUCUGAUAUGUACAAAAAA